CCUUAUCGGAGAUAUCUUUAGACCGUCUGUUUGAAGGGUUAGAACAGGGUGGACCAAAAGUCUUUUCACUUUUCACACCACAAAGAUCUAAAUAUAAGUGAACUUCUGUGGAUAUUAUGUGGUCCUAAUAUGGAAUUGAAAAACGUUUUUAAAGGAAUCAAAGGGAAAACACCUGGAAGGCAUAUGAAAUGAAUAUCGAGACUUUAACAGAAGAUGGUUACCUUUCCAGUCCGGCCAGUACACCAGAUGCUUUUUUCGACGAGGAAAAGUGUCUGGUUAAACAAAUUCUUCGCAAGCCUACCGAACCAGCCCAAGAAACUAAAUGGCAGUUCCUAAAAAAUAUACCUAUUGCUAUAUUAGCAGUUAGUAUUUUUCAGGUGUUUUUUCAUAUAUUAUCAACCGCGGUUAUCGAGAAAUACCUAAGGUUUGAGCCCGGCAAACCCUUAGAGAUAUGGAGAUACGCUACUUAUAUGUUUGUUCAUGAAGAUUGGUCUCAUUUAGCUUUAAACGUCUUGAUCCAAUGUGGUUUCGCAUCUUUAUUAGAAGCUAAUCAGGGUCGAAUUCGGGUACUUUUUAUAUACGCUCUAGGAGGAAUGACAGGAGUCCUGGGAGCUGCAUGCCUUCACCCUGCUGUGGUAGUAGGUGCAUCCGGCGGUGGCUACUCGUUACUACUAGCCAACGUGGCAGUUCUAAUUCUGAAUUUCAAUACAAUCAGCUAUAAAAUUUAUCGUACCGUAUCAAUUAGCAUCAUAGUACUUUCCGAUAUAUCAUACAACAUAAUUCAUGUGUCUUCAAAAAAGGCACCUCAGGUUUCAUGGCAAGCACAUUUUUUCGGAGGACUGACAGGACUAUUUUUAGGUUUGGUUAUAUUCAAGUGCAAAAAGCCAAAUAAAAUCAGGAAAAUACUAGUUUACAUGGCACUUGGAUUUUACUUAAUUUUAGUUAUAUGUUGUAUAGGUUUAACUAUACAAAUAGAGAAAUGUACUCCUCUUCAGUUGAUUAGUUUUCGUUAUGUAUACUCUUGUUAAGUCUCGGGCAAUCUAUAUGUAUACGUUAUUCCAAGUUAUUCAAGAUUGAUAAAACUCAGGACGGUAGGGUAGGUUUCAAACUGGCAAAAAAUAACGCCGCUUUUUGGUUAUUGCUACUCUGGGACUAUGGUGAGGUGCUAUCAUUUUAAUACUACGCUUACUUACAAAUUAAAGUUAUCCAUAUAGAAGGGUGCUCAAGUUUCCUCUACUAGCAAUGGUAUUAGUGUUUAUUAUCCUGCAAUCUAACAUUACCAUAAAGGAUGUUUCUGCAUAGUGGGAUCAAACUUCUAGGAUGAAUAGUACUUAUUAAAAUUUGAAAAGAAGUUAAUACAAACCUGGGUCCGCAAAUGCAGAUACAGGUUGUAAAGUUUGAAAAAAAACAACUCGGGCUUUUAGCUCAAAAAUCCCUUUCACCGUGACGUGCAUUUUUUUUUUCUUAUUUUACUAUGGGGCAACACUGGAAUAAAUACGGUAAAUCUAAUUGGAGUUAAAAUAUACCUUUUGUUAUUAUCAACACACCUGCCAAGUUUAAUGAAAAUAGGGAAAGGCAUUUUUGAGCUAAAAACGAUUUUGUUUUUCAAACUUUGACACCCCGAUUCUCGACAACUAAGCAUUUGCGGACCAAUUACCUAUCUAUUAACUUUUUUUUAUUUUAAUGAGUAGGUACUAUUUAUCCUUAAAGUUGGAUCCCACUAUUCAGAAACAGCUUGUAUUUAUAAUAUAACAAAGUUAAUUUAAUGGUAUUACUAGACUAUUUGCUUUGAGAUUAGUAAGUCUCUGCUGAUAGUCUCGCUGCAACCUGCUAAGUUAGGUACGUGCCCUCUGAGCCAAUGGAUGAAAAAUAUUUCCUAUUGAGUUACAAAUUCCUUGGAAUAGGUAGGUAUACCAUAUAUACUCAUUAAUCAAUCUUAUGUUUUGUGAUCGUAUUAACGUAGAUAAUACAUAGGUAUAUAAUUAUUUUAUAACGAAUUACAAAUUUUACAUUAGGAUUUGUACAAUUUUUUAAAAGAAAUAUAUACUCAUUAUAUUAACAUAUUGCUAUUAAAUUAUUAUCGUAUCAAUAGAUCGUAACAGGGAUCAGAUACAUACAAUGAGAAUCGUUGCGAUUGGCACACACUAUAUAAACAUCCCUCGUAAUGUGUCAGAAUUUUACUACUUUGACACACAGAUAAUGUCAAAAUGGUGUCAGAUUGAUAGAUCAGUGGUGAACUUGAUAGUUUUAAUAAAUUGUUAAAGGGAAACAAAAUAUCUGUACACCACUGCCCUCGACUCAAUACGACGGAUGUUAAAAGUGUAUAGUAUGUGCCAAUUGCAAUGAUUCCCACUGUACAUGUUCAAUUCAAAAUAUAACUUUUAGCUGAUAUUUGGGAAAAUAGAACACGUUCAUGAUUAAUCUCUGUCGCUUAGUCUUGCUCGUUUCUUUUUAUAUUCUAGGGUAGGUUCAAUCUUAGAUGGUUCAAUCAUAUUUAGACUAUUUAUAACUCAAC